CUUUCAAAGCGCUUCUUGAAAAGUUCUGAUAAUCGCCAAGUUUUCCAUACGUUGCCGCAACGGUGGCCAUAGGGUGUUCUGUGCCACUCAGAUCGUCCGUGGAAACGUCGUCGAAAUUUUCAGAAAUGCCGCUGGAGAUCGACGAACUGUCCUCAAAACUGUCAUUAUAGUCGAGAUGACCACGUCGCAUGCUAUCACGGUACUCCCUCAGCCGUGCUUGCAUUUUCUCAUAGAUCGCUAUGCCUCCUUCGGAUACGUACCCAGACGGCUCUGCUGUUCGGGCUCGUUCAGUGCGAUCCAAAGUGUUACCCUCGGAAGCGUAACCAGAUGGUUGCAGCCGAAUAGUUGUUGAUACCGAAUCCAAUGAAUCUUCGCUGGUUGAUGAGUCUACGAAUUGACCUGUGUUUUCUGCUCUUCUCUGGUUGAGCAUUGGACUCACAACACCUACAGUCGGACUCAGAAGAGCAGCUUUCUUAGCUUCCGGUAAAUCUGACUUGGGAGUCUCUGCUUCCACGUCAGGUUCGAUCUUUUCAGCUGUUGCCGGGAGACGUGACGAUACCCCUUUCACCGCCAAUGUUGGUUUGUCAUCUAUGA